AUGGAAGAUAAGUCCUACUUGCAGGUGAAGGUGGAUCCUAACACUGUAGGACAGAGAGAACUGAAACUGACCUGUAGCGCCACCUGCAGCCUCAGCACGUACCGUUUCUACUGGUACAGGAAUGGCCAAUACGAGCAAUACAUAACUGAGGCAUCGAUUGUGAUCGACUCCACCCAUCUAUCUAACCUGGGCAGCUACUCCUGUCAAGUGUACGAGAGUCAACACCGUUCUCCUCCAGCGUGUGUACUGGGUAAAGAGUGUUGGGGUGUGACUUACACUCCUGAACGUGUGUGUGCUCUGAAAGACACGUCGAUUGAUCUCUCCUGCUCUUAUAAACACCCUGCAGGACACACAGUGAUAAAAUCAGUCUGGUUCAUUAAAGAUCAGACUGGUGUUGAACCUGUGGAUGUGAGAGAGGAUGAGGAGUAUCAGGGCCGAGUGCAGUACACACAGAACUCCCAGAAUAACUGUAGACUGAGAAUCACUAACCUGAGAGAGAGAGACGCUCAAACAUACAGAUUCAGAUUCUACACUGAUGGGGGUAAAUACACCGGUGAUCCUGGAGUCUCUCUGUCUGUCACAGAUAUGAAGGUUAUAGUAUCAGACUCGGAUAACUGGAACAAGAGGCUGAGCUGCAUCACCACCUGCACUCUGUCUAACAACCCCACUUACAUCUGGUACAAGAACGGACAGCGUGUCACUGACCCGUACAGAAAUGAACUGUAUGUCAGUAGUUGGGAAUCAGGCAGCUACUCCUGUGCUGUAAGAGGACACGAGGAGCUUCGCUCUCCUGCUGUCUGUGUUUUUGAUGAGAAGAGCUGCUGGAGUGUGACGUACUCCACCCAGACUAUCUGCUCUCUGAUUGGAUCAUCAGUGGACAUACACAGUUAUUACACAUUCCCUGAUCGUUACAAGGUCACAGAAGUGUUCUGGUUCAUUAAAGAGCAGGCUGGUGUUGAACCUGUGGAUGUGAGAGAGGAUGAGGAGUAUCGGGGCCGAGUGCAGUACACACAGAUCUCCCAGAAUAACUGUAGACUGAGAAUCACUAACCUGAGAGAGAGAGACGCUCAAACAUACAGAUUCAGAUUCUACACUGAUGAUCCUACAGGCGAAUACACCGGUGAUCCUGGAGUCUCUCUGUCUGUCACAGAUCUGAAGGUUACAGUAUCAGACUGGUACACCAAGAACAGCAAGAAGCUGAGCUGCAUCACCACCUGCACUCUGUCUAACAACCCCACUUACAUCUGGUACAAGAACGGACAGCGUGUCACUGACCCGUACAGAAAUGAACUGUAUGUCAGUAGUGGGGAAUCAGGCAGCUACUCCUGUGCUGUAAGAGGACACGAGGAGCUUCGCUCUCCUGCUGUCUGUGUACUGGGUAAAGAGUGUUGGGGUGUGACUUACACUCCUGAACGUGUGUGUGCUCUGAAAGACACGUCGAUUGAUCUCUCCUGCUCUUAUAAACACCCUGCAGGACACACAGUGAUAAAAUCAGUCUGGUUCAUUAAAGAUCAGACUGGUGUUGAACCUGUGGAUGUGAGAGAGGAUGAGGAGUAUCAGGGCCGAGUGCAGUACACACAGAACUCCCAGAAUAACUGUAGACUGAGAAUCACUAACCUGAGAGAGAGAGACGCUCAAACAUACAGAUUCAGAUUCUACACUGAUGGGGGUAAUUACACCGGUGAUCCUGGAGUCUCUCUGUCUGUCACAGAUCUGAAGGUUAUAGUAUCAGACUCGGGUAGCUGGAACAAGAGGCUGAGCUGCAUCACCACCUGCACUCUGUCUAACAACCCCACUUACAUCUGGUACAAGAACGGACAGCGUGUCACUGACCCGUACAGAAAUGAACUGUAUGUCAGUAGUGGGGAAUCAGGCAGCUACUCCUGUGCUGUAAGAGGACACGAGGAGCUUCGCUCUCCUGCUGUCUGUGUUUUUGAUGAGAAGAGCUGCUGGAGUGUGACGUACUCCACCCAGACUAUCUGCUCUCUGAUUGGAUCAUCAGUGGACAUACACAGUUAUUACACAUUCCCUAAUCGUUACAAGGUCACAGAAGUGUUCUGGUUCAUUAAAGAGCAGGCUGGUGUUGAACCUGUGGAUGUGAGAGAGGAUGAGGAGUAUCAGGGCCGAGUGCAGUACACACAGAUCUCCCAGAAUAACUGUAGACUGAGAAUCACUAACCUGAGAGAGAGAGACGCUCAAACAUACAGAUUCACAUUCUACACUGAUGAUCCUACAGGCAAAUACACCGGUGAUCCUGGAGUCUUUCUGUCUGUCACAGAUCUGAAGGUUAUAGUAUCAGACUCGGGUAGCUGGAACAAGAAGCUGAGCUGCAUCACCACCUGCACUCUGUCUAACAACCCCACUUACAUCUGGUACAAGAACGGACAGCGUGUUACUGACCGUUAUAUAAAUGAACUUGAUGUCAAAAUUGAGGAAUCAGGCAGCUACUCCUGUGCUGUAAGAGGACACGAGGAGCUUCGCUCUCCUGCUGUCUGUGUUUUUGAUGAGAAGAGCUGCUGGAGUGUGACGUACUCCACCCAGACUAUCUGCUCUCUGAUUGGAUCAUCAGUGGACAUACACAGUUAUUACACAUUCCCUAAUCGUUACAAGGUCACAGAAGUGUUCUGGUUCAUUAAAGAUCAGACUGGUGUUGAACCUGUGGAUGUGAGAGAGGAUGAGGAGUAUCGGGGCCGAGUGCAGCACACACAGAUCUCCCAGAAUAACUGUAGACUGAGAAUCACUAACCUGAGAGAGAGAGACGCUCAAACAUACAGAUUCACAUUCUACACUGAUGAUCCUACAGGCAAAUACACCGGUGAUCCUGGAGUCUCUCUGUCUGUCACAGAUCUGAAGGUUAUAGUAUCAGACUGGAGUGAGCAGUACAUGAAUCUGAGCUGCAUCACCACCUGCACUCUGUCUAACAACCCCACUUACAUCUGGUACAAGAACAGACAGCGUGUGUCUGAGUGUAAAUCUGCCUCCUGCUCUGUAGCUGCAGUCGGUGGUGCGGUCAGUUACAGCUGUGCUGUUGAAGGCCAUGACAGUCUCCUCUCUCCUCCAGUGUAUUCUCCUAAAAACACCAGAGCAGUGGUUCUUUCCUCUGGAGACACAGUGGAGGGGGAUUCAGUGACUCUGAGCUGUAGCAGCGAUGCAAACCCUCCUGUUCUCACCUACUCCUGGUUUAAACAGAGAGCAGCUGCAGACACACUGCUGACAACAGGCCAGAAUUACAGCAUCAGCAACAUCAGCUCCCAGCACAGCGGACUGUACUACUGCACUGCUCACAACCAGCUGGGACAGCACAACUCUACACCCACACUCCUGGAUGUGAAGGGUAACUCUACACAGACACACCUGGAUGUGUUAUACUCCCCCCGAAACCGACCUGUCAUUCUAUCCAUGUCUGGAGACUACUACUGUACAGCAAGCAAUGGAUUUGGAUCAUCCAGUUCCUCAGAAUGGGAACAUACAUCAGAUAACAGUGUCGUGAAAUACGCCGUUUCUGGAGUCACUGUUGCGUUGGUUCUGUCGUUCAUUGCGGUCUUUCUGUGGAUACGGAGAGGAGCGUCGUCGUUCAGUAACAGCAGUGUGGAGUACAGCAAGAAUGACUCUGCUUCAGCAUAUGGUAACGUCUCAGCCAUGACCUCUGACCCCUCACAAACAGCCUCCUCAGAAGAUCAGGACAUUGUUCAGCUGCCUCUCAACUCAAAGGCUCUCAAUCAGAAAGAGGAAGUAGAACAUGCCACACUGAGGCUCGUCAAAUCAAGAGCUGUUCGUUAGGUGAUCCAAACGAAAACGAUUCUCUCGCACCUUUUGACUUCUUUCCACCUUCAUUGUUCAUUUUUUUUUUUUUAAUUCGAUGCUUCGUGAGGCUUUUUGUGUGUUGCAUGUUUAUCCUUUGUGGAGUGUAUGAUUAUAGUAUUCUUCCUUUUCAUAACUGAAUUUUCAAGGUGUAUUGUACACACACACACUCAUUUUAAUAAAAAUAUAUUUAUGUAAUCAUGUCACAUAAAGUUGUAGUAUCAUAUAACAGCAAAAUGAGGGUUUAUAAAUACAUAUAUAAAUUAUGUUCAACUGGUGAAUUAAUUUCAGUCCCUUAUCAGGCAGAUCUGGUGAAACUUUUUGCCUAAAUGAGGUCACGCCACUGAAGUUCAUACUGUGGGUCUGAGAAAAUAUCACCCUCUAGUGGGCAUUUCCACACAAACGAAAAGAAUGUGUGAUCAGAGUUUGAACCACCUUUGUGGUGUCCUUUAGUAACACAGCAACAGGACAGUCUGGCUUUUACUUUGCUCACUAUUCGUCCAGGUCCAUAGUCAAACAGAACUCAUGCCCAUGCACUAUACUGCCAUCUUAUGGUUUAAUGACGAAACACAACUACCGCCUCUGGCUUGCUCAUUAGGGAUAAACUUAUAAAUUUAAACUUUACAACCUGAAUUAAUUUAUUUUCAACUGUAAAGCUGCUUUGUAACAAUGUCUAUUGUUAAAAGUGCUAUAGAAAAAAAACUGAAUGAAAUGGAAUUGUACGCUAUUAGUGCCUUUCAUUAUCAACACUAUCACCUUUUUUCACCACACCUUCACUCCUCCUGCAAGAACAGCUUAUCUGACACUAUCAGUUAAUCAGUAAAUCAGAGUGUAAUUUAGAACCCAUGACAUUUCCAUUACUUCAACACACAUCAGUCACAUACAGAGUUGUAGUGAGCUUUUAGCUGGAAGUGUAAAACGACUUAUUAAUCCACGGUCACUCUUAUAACCGAUUAUUCUCAAAUGAUGCACCAGCACAAUCAAUUAUAUUCAUGGGGUGAACAGGAAAAUUAACCGACAGAAAUAUUUGUUUUAUCGAUGGGGCACAGGAGGCCGUUCAGAGGUCGGCUUGGAGCAGAUGAACCUCAAAUCGAACCGAAAUGCCUGCAAGGUGUUGAACAUCGAUUGGGCAUUUGUUUGUUUCCGUCCCUCCUGAUCCUUCAGGACAAUCAGUAAGUCUCAACUUGCUGUACUGUUUGGAAAACUGGGCUGCAUCCAAACACAGUGAACACGAUUCAUUUGCAGUGCACUAUUUGAUGAACAGGAACUUGUUUUGUAAGGGUUCGAAUAAUCAAUAAGGCCUUUCUGAGCUUUCGGACCUACAGUGGAGGUAAAAAAAAAAAAAUGACGGGGAUGGAACUGUGUGCAUUUAUGUAAGAGCUCAGUUGAGAGAUACUUCUAGCUGUAUGUAGCUACAGUAAUGUUGUGUUUUAACAAACAGCUUCGAAACACAUGCUAACACUUUCUAUGAAGGCUUUGAGGCAGUGGAGGCUCAGUGGUUAAGGUUCUGGACUGUUAAUCAGAAGGACAACCAGCACUGUAAAGUUUCUAAUUUUGUUAAUAAUCUGCACAAAAUCAUGUUUAAAAAUGUAUGUGGGGGAUGUUCAAGAGUGUGUGUGUGUGUGUGUGUGUGUGUGUGUGUGUUAGUGUUAGGGCUAGCAUUAGGUUCAGAUCUACCUUUAAAUAAUUAUUGGUGUCUUGGCCUCCAAAUUCGAUUUGACUUGAUCAAUAUAAUUAAAGACUGGACACUCAACUCAUACCGGCCCAAUGGGUCUGUAAUGGUAGCGAAACUAACAGAUCCUCUUUCCUUUCGCUUUGGUUAUUUCUAGAGCGUGUCUGCAAACUGUGCCACAUUUAAUCAGAAUAGUUUCUUUUGGCUUGAGAGAUGCCUGAUCAAGUCUUGCAGGCAUUCACUAUUCCACUGGAUGCCUGAUUGUCAUGGAAAUACCGGGAAAGGGACUAGAGACUACAAUUCCCAUCAGCCACUGCACCUCUCCUGACCAUGUCACAUGACUGGUCUGCACCUGAUCUCAAUUUCACACUCAUCACUGUUCCCCUAUAUAAGCCUCAUCCUGUUGCAGCCACAUUGUGAAGUAAUUACUCAGUUUCCUUUGUGUUCUGUCAUUACCAUGCAUUUCAUAAAGAAAAAAAAAAUAAAUAAUCCAUUCUCUCUGUC